AUGCUGGCGGCCCUCUACGCCGCGCCCCUAGUCUGCCUCGGCCUCAGCGCGGGCUUGUCGGCCUGGCGCCGUCCCGAACCCCUCGUGCUGACUGGCCAUGCGCUCCUGUCCCUCGUUGCUGGAUGGGUCCAUUCUGGGCAGUAUGGCGGACGCACGGGCAAUGUCCUCCUCGCACUCGCUAGUACGCCUGCUAUUGCUGUCCUGUUGGGUGUUGGGGUCAUGCGGCCUCGCAAGUCUAUGAUGGCACUCACCGCCACACACACCAGCUGCGCUAAUUCUGCCUCGCUAACUCCAGACACCUCGUCCAACUCGCUCCGCCCCGCACCAAUCUAUCGCUUUCUCGCCUCGCUCCGUCCCACUAGCCUCCGCUUGUCCCUCCUGGCCACGGUUCCCGUCAUCACCUUGUCUCUCCUGCUCGCACUGGUUGCGCCAGUCGCUUCCGUCAUGGCACUGAACGCAGUGCUCGUGGCGCUGCACACGUCCGUUUAUGCCUACUCCGCCCCUCUGCCCGGGUUCUGGCCCUUCUCGCCUGUCUCCUCCCCCGUCCUGCCACAGGAGGAGGACAAGAUCAGCUCCGAAAAGUCCCUCCGCGAGCGUCAGGUCGAGGACUGGGUCGGCACCUUUGAGGACACGCGGCAGCAGGUCGUCGAUGAGUGGAGUCUCAGCUUCACAACGGCGGCGACUGCCUCCCGGCGCCGAAGCGCCAGUACGCAGUCGAGCCCCAUGCGCGUUGCCUCUCGUCUCUACUCGCCCGUCAAGGCGCGCCUCCUCCGGACCCAGGACAGCGGUAUCGACGACACGUUCGGACACACCACGACUGGUCCCUCUACCUCUGGGGUGUACGAUACGGCCAAGAGUACCGACAACACGUACACUACGGCCCAGAGCGAGGCCAGUAAGACGAGUAAGGCUAGCAAGACUUCGGAGCACAGUGUCCGGUUUGCGCGCCCCCUGUCGCCCACGCCCAAGGCAGCCCGACUCGGUUUUGACGAGAGCGACAUGAGCUUGCCCGCCCCCCUUCGGCUGCCGCCACUGGCCAAGGUCGCGCCGUCCCAAGGCAACAGCCGCAAGCCCUCAACCCCGCCCCGGUCUCAGCACGAUCCCGUCCACAGCACCGAAAACGGCACGCCUACGUCCUGGCUCUCCUCCCCCGGCCAGUCUAGCAUUCUGCACCCGGACUGGAGCUUCAGUUCCUCUGGCUCGGACCCCGCCGCCUUCCUCUCGUCCACUGUGCCUCGUGCUUCUAUUGACACUCGUCGUUCUAUCGAUGUCCGCCGUUCGAUCAAUACCUCCCGCCUGUCCGUCGACGGGUACCGCAAGUCGAUGUCUGUCGAUCUGCCCCGCGAACCGCCCUACGCCUUCCUCUCGCAGGACCCUACCCAGAAGCGGAAGCGCGGCAGCACGCAGACUGCAGCCAGUGUUAGUUUCCACGACUACGUCUCUGUGCACAGUGCGCACUCGACCUCGCGCCAGAAGCUCUCCGAUGCUCCCGGUACGGUGCGCCGCUUGUCCUGUCCCGCCAGCAUCGCCGAGAGCUUCAACAUGAGUGUCGGCGGCAGUAUCCUCGGCGACUACUCUGCGUCUCCGUCGCAGCCCCUGCCUCGCUCCUUCGAGAGUCUCCGCUCCUUCAGGACCCGCACGCAGAGCAAGAGUUCCCACGAGCCCGACGCCGAGCCCGAGACGCAGGAGCGCUGGGAGGUCGUUCCCCCGUUCGUCUCCGAGUUCGUCCCGGCCGAACUGUUCAAGGAGCGGAACAGCGAGGACGUGCCGUCCUUCUUUGUCGACAUUGUCGAAGACAAGGAGGUGCAGACGUGGAGCCUGGGCUGGCCCGGCGUCCUCGGCUCGCUGCUCCUGCUCGGUCUCUCCUCUCCUGCCCUUCUGGCCGAGGGCGUCGCGACGCGCGCCCUCCUUCUCGCCUCGUCCUUCGUCCCCGCCCUCGUCGUCACUACGUCUUCGAUUCUGUCCCCGCGCCCCGUCGAGGUUGACAUUGAAGCCGAACAGAAGCGGAUCAAGUACCAUCCCCGCGACCGCUCCCUGCGCCCUACGCAUGGCAAGCUGCUGCGCGCCCGCCCCGAGCUGAGCUUUGCGCCGCCCUCGCCGCUCAAGUCCCGUCCUCGCACGAUGUCAGCUGCAGCCAGGCUGCGCACACUGCGCGGCGGGAUUGUGAGUGCCAUGGCGCCAGCGAUGGGACACUGCGCCAGCGACAGUGUCGGCAGCACGGGGACGCACGACACGCAGGCGAGCACGCGCAGCCAGGCCGAGGAAGCGGACGGGAGCCACGGGUGGCUCGACGCGCACAUCGGCGUCGCGACUGUGGCCACGCGCUCGCGCUCGCCGAGCGUGCUCAAGCUCGACUGGACGGGCAUCGCGUCCGCGCCCACGACGCCCGCUCGCAAGACCAUGACGCACGUCAAGUCGCCGCGCAAGAGUCCUGCCAAGGGUACGCCGAGGAAGGGCAAGGACAGCGACGAUGACGAGGAGGAGGACGAUGACGACGACGUGCUCGCUGCUGCCACCGCGGUCGCCCACAGUCCCUCGCGUGUCCAGCGCAGGCGCACGUCCGCCUUCGCCACGAGCGGGUGCGACUUCUCCCUCCCGUCGUCCGGGUACGCUCCCUCUCUCCGCGGCUCGAUCACUGGUGCUGCCGCGGCGGCCCAGCGUGCGCUCCCCAAGCGCGCCCCGCUCAACCGUGUCGUGACCUGUCCCAUCUCCAAGGCCUCUGCCCCCCCUCCCCGCCUGCCCAAGUCCUCCGGUGCCUCCGGUGCCUCUGGCGCCUCCAACUCCACCGCCGCCUCUGCACUCUCCGCCGCGUCGGGCGUAACUUCCGACGCGCCCCACACCGCCUCCAGCUCGGACACGUUCGGCACGAAGGCCGCGUCGGCGGCAACUGACUCGCGCGUCGACUUCAGCACGUACGACUUCUCGAAGCCGCGCCAGAUCUCCUCGAGCGAGGGGGAGGGCAUCGGGCGCGCCGUGCUCGGCUUCAACAUCCCCCCGCCUACGACGCCGAUGCCGCCUGCACCCUCUGUCCCCGCGGCUCCACUGGCGCUGGCGCCACGCAACAUCAGCGCGGAGAAGAUCGACCUGUACUCGACCCCCGCGCGGCGCGCCAAGUCGUCCGAGACCUCGAGCAUUCUGCGGAACGCGGAGCUCGCGCGUUUGUUGCUGGCGGAGGGCACGCCGGCCCCCGCGCGUCACAAAAGAAGCUUCAGUGGCGGAUCGGUGCGCUCGCACCCGUACUCUGUCUCGCGGUCUGCGCGCUCCUCCCGCUCCACGAAGAGCAGCAAGGGGAGCAAGGGCCACAAAUCGAGCGCGAGCUGGGCGAGCAUCAAGGCCAGUCUGAAGAGCAGCGUGCCCUCCCCUCUCACGCCCAAGUUUGCCCCCAAACGCCCAAGCACGCCGAGCACUAUUGCCCGCCUCGAGUCCAGCUUUGAGGAACGCUUUGAGCAAGACCCCCCCGCACCAAGGAGCCAUCCCCACCCCCGCCCCUUCAGCUGCGACUACGCCACGCCCUGGGACCAUGCGCCUUUGCGUUCUCGCGCGCCCCUCGCCCGGCCCGUGCCCGACGUCGGCAGUUCGUAUGAAGUGAGCUCGCGCGAGAACACACGCCUCCACACGACCUCGAAGAGGAGCAAGUCCGAGGCCGCGUUUGUGCGUCAUCUGGACAAGGCGGAGAGAGCGGAGAGCGCGGAGAGGGCGGAGAGGGCGGAGAAGGGGCUGCGCCCUCUCGUGCUCGCUGAGAGGCACAACGUCAACGUCAAUGAGCCCGUCAAGCGCAGCCCCCGCUUCGGCGGGACUCCAAACGUCUCCGGUGUGUCUCUUUCGGACGAGACGGAGGACGAGAUCUCCUACUUUGACGUGUCCAGCUCCUUGAAGCCGGGCAUCAAGGCGUUCGUCUCGCGUCUGUCGGGGACGCCGGACAAGAACCCCGGUGCGAGCACGGAGCGCGACUCGGGCACUGCCUCCCAGAGAGCGUCGGCGUCCCAGCGCACGAGUAUCUUUGGCCUGGGCAACAUGUGGAACUCCUCCAGCAUCAGCGCAGGGAACAGUGUGAGUGUGGGCCCGGCGAUGAAUAGCCCCAACGUCCGCGCUGGUCGGGGACGGGACACGAGUCCCGUGCGCGGGGCCAGGAGUCCUGUUGGACCUAAGCCUAAGCCGAAGCCGAAGCCUAUGCGUUUGUAA